ACGCUGGGGGUAAAAAUCCGUUGGUCAAACACGCCUGAGCUGGCGCUCCGUCACGUGCGGUCACCGCUCGCUCUUGUCCCGUACAUCGUCGACGACUUUCGCGUAAUGGGCGUAUUUGCCCUCUUAAUCGUGUAUAUCCUGGGAGGGGUAACCGCGCUACCAUUACUAUUAGCUGUGGUGGCUCUGGUGACGUUGUGGACCUCAGUACCUGUCGGAGAUGUGGACCCUACGAAACUAAAGAAGCAAAAAUUACAAGAAGAAUUCGUAGAAAAUGAAGAAAAGAAAGAUGGUGAGAAGGAUAGAUACAAGCAAAAGUUGCCGCCACUCCAAUCCAAACCGAGAAAGGGCUGGCUGACGGUUAGACGCACAUUUGACGAUGGCGAAGGGGGAAUAUUUGAUGGCUCUUAUAUGGACAUUAUGCGCUCAAUUCUUGAUUCCAGAUCCAAAGACCCCAAAAGAUCAAGACCAAAAGACGCCUACUUUGCUGUCCUCAAAGGAUCUGUGCUGUUUCUCUACGAGGACGAGGCUAUGACGGAGGCACAUGCGGCCUUGACCAUGCCCAGUCAUAGAGUAGAAAUAUACCCUCACGGCCUUUUGGACGGAGAGCUCUUUACAAAACGUAAUGCAAUCAAGCUCUCAGCACUUGAUAGUAGUCCACGGCCAGUCUUCCCGCACCUCAUGAAGGAAAUGAAGUUGGGAGACGAUACCCCUGUCGAAGAAACGGCCUCCUCUGCAGAUUCAAACGCGCUAAAGGAAGCAAGAGAGAUGCAAGAGCUGGCUCGUCGGGAGGCUUUCGACUUCUCCACGCCUUGGUACCUAUUCGUUCGCUCUGUCGCUGAAAUGGAAGAUUGGUACCACGCAUUAGCUCAUGCUUCGGCUCAUCCAAAUGCCAAAUCCCCCCUCGAACCCCUAGAACCUAUAUUCUCGACAGACCAUAUGCAAUACCUCGUAUCACACAUCGACAGUCAACCUGAUCCCAUUCCUAUGCGAUGGUUCAACGCCCUUAUUGGCCGGAUAUUCUUUUCCGUGUACAAAACUGCGGCCUUGGAGAACUAUAUAAUUGGAAGACUGAUGAAGAAACUCGCAAAGGUCAAAAAACCAUCCUUCCUGGCAGACAUCAACGUUACCGAAGUAUCUGUUGGUGAAACCGCACCUACCUUCUUCAAGCCAAUGUUGAAAGAACUCACCAAGGAAGGGGAGGCUGCUGUCGAAGUCGGCAUUCACUACCAAGGGGAGAUUAGGAUUACGGUCCAAACAACCGCUACCAUCAACCUCGGGGCCAGAUUCAAAUCUUACGAAGUAAAACUGGUCCUCGCCGUGGUCCUUCGAGAGCUGGAAGGCAACCUCUUGAUCAAAAUCAAGCCGCCUCCCAGCAAUCGAAUCUGGUACGCAUUCACCAAGAUGCCGAAAAUGCAACUCUCCAUCGAGCCCAUAGUCUCAGAUCGGCAGCUCACGUGGGGAAUGAUCCUCAAGACAAUUGAAGGACGUCUAAAAGAGAUUAUCCUUGAAUCGGUUGUCCUUCCAAACUAUGAUGACAUCGCAUUCUUCGACACCGCUUCUCUGGGAACGAGGGGUGGUAUCUACGCUGAUGCUGUUCGCAAUGUCCUCAAGAAACAGGGCUCCGUAGCGACGGAUCCUUCUACGGAGACACUACCUGCCAAAAUGGUCGAUUCCAUCCCUCCACUAGACCGAAACGAUUCAAUGGAAGGUCUCAUCAUGCCUGGCCAUUUCUCUAGCACGUCCUUGCCGAUCCACUCCACUCAACCCGAAUCCUUAGAACCGGAAUCAGCACCUUUUGUCAUUCCUCAAAGAGCCGAGACCAUUGGUUCUCAGGCCCAACCCAGUAUUGGUAGCGUUGAACCACCUACACCAAUCAAUGAUAUCUACGUGACCGAACGAGGCCGUAGAGGUAAUGGCUUCAGUCCAGAAGCCGGGUUGAAAGCUCCUCGAGAUGCGUCUGUCUCUAGUAAAGUAUCUAUCGACGAGGAGGCGGAUCAAGGGUUAGAUCUGCACAGAGGUACUCGGUCGUCCCCAGCACCAAACUCCCGUCAAGCCAGUCGUCCAGCAUCGCAAUUUCUUGAAUUAUCGGCCGAUCAAUUUAGCGAUCAGCCAAAUCCGGCGGCAAGCACCACAAGUCUUACUCCAAGUACCAACUCUACCGAGACCAAGGGGUCUGCCAAUUCUUUCCUCACAAAUCUAAAGACACGUGCAGCAGCAGCUGCUACAGCGGCAGAGGCAUCUAAUCCAAAGGCAGUGGCCCAAGCGAGGGAGACUAUACAAAAGUGGGGUGUACAGUGGGCUGGGCUGAAGAAAAAUCUGGCAGAAGCUAGGGAAGGUAGAUCUAACUCUGCUGCAUCAUCACCAGCUUCAUCGAUUUUCAAUAUCAAUUCGUUGGACAACACGGACGGACAAGGCAACCCGAGCAUCUCGAAAGGGUUUGAUGCCAUGCGGCGAGUUGUUGCCGAACGUAGACAGCGUGAAGAACGAGAGAGAGUAGUAUCCGAUAUAUCACGAACCACUCCGCUAGAAGUUCCUUCAGACACGAGAAGCAAACGCCGUGAAUCGGCUGGGCCCGUACUGUUUAGCAACUUGGAGGCGGGUAAAGCCAUGCUUCAAAAAAACCUGCCAGAACCUCCCACUCGUGUUCCAUUGGCUCGUGGAGACUCUAUUAGUAACACUGCGACUCUCUCGGAUCAAGAGGACUCCAUGUCACCCAAGUAUAACCCACCACCAUCCGCCAAGAGCGUGCCAACGGUAUUUGAGACUCUACUAGAUGCUUCUCCAUCGAAACAUACUGAAGGAAUAGGAAGCUCGAGUAACACCACUGCUCUGAACGUUCCCGCUUCCCCAGGGCCCUCUCCUGGAUUUAAAACCACUCCGAUUGUUUCACAGCCGACCUAUGGUGCCAUGUCAAUGACCAUUCCCGGCAUACACGCGAAGAACAGGAAUGAAGUGAUGGCCAUCGGCUUUUCCCCGCCAACCCCGCCCCGUGCUUCCUCACAGGGAAAGGAUGAGGGUAAAAUUGGUACAAAGAUACAGGGAAUAGGUAAUAUAUAUAAACUCCUGCGCAAGAAUUCCGUGAACAGUACGCAGAGAAAUCCCGAAAUACCCGUGGCAACACCAAGUACUCAAAAUUCCCCUGAAAACAUGACACAGGAAAUAGAAGUGACCCCUACUUCUGAUAAUGCCCUGCCAUCUGGUGGCACUACCGGUCUACAAGAGAGUCCAAAGCAACGCCAGGGAUCGAUGGAUGGUGCGCCAUCCUCGCCAGCAUCCGCCGCCCUGCUCUCUCUGGUAGCAAAGGACGAGCUCGCACGACAGAGAAGUUUGACACGAAGACGAACCGGAAGUCUCACCGAGUAUCCUAGUAGUAAUAGACGACGUUCUGGCUCCGGGUCUUCAUCCCCAUUGUCAUCCACCUUCAUACCACCCAUCAGCUUGCCCCCCAGCGAAACGUCACGUUCUCCAUAG